UGAAAACAUGGCCUUUGUCUCCGGCCCCGUCACUUACCAAAGAACGAUACUUGACACAGCCACGGGGCUGCCCAUGAUGGUCGCCCCUACACCUCCCCCACUUGCGCCUCCACCGGAACCUCCUGCGAAACCAAGUGAGCCAAACGCAAUACUGAAGCUGACCCGAACGUUAGUUAGCCUGAUGCAAGAGAGCAAGAAGGAACAGCGUGAGCACAAUGCUCGAAUAGAGUCUAUAAUGAGAUCGAUGUGCCCUAUUGUUGUUCGAGUUGCACCCAUGGCACAGGCAGCAGCCCCCGCUCAGGUGGUGGGCGGCACGGUGGCUAAUCUAGGCGUCAGCUACACGUGUCACCAGCCUGGUCACCUAGCCAGGGACUGCCCCAACCGACCAGCUCAAGUACAGGUAGGGGUUGCCCCUGUGGCAGCAGCACCAGUAGCCAACAGGCUAGGAAGAUUAGGCAUGAUGAUCAAAGAAACGGAGGGAGGGAAAAGCACGAUGGUUACCACCGAGGAAGUUGCAGAACCCAUCCCGCUCGAUCAAUACAUCUCGUUGGGUUACCUAGGGAUGGGAAUGAUUGGAAUCAUCCGACCAGCGAACGAACAACGGGAAAUAGCGGAAUGGAAACCAUGCCCCAGAGAAAUGGAAUCUGGCGAGUCUACCUUCGUUACGGGAGAAAUCGAUGUCUUGAACAUCGUCCGAGCCCUGGAUCAUCGGAUCCCCCUGCCCAUCGGAUAUUUGUUGUCCAUAUCGGAACAGGCGAAUGAACAAAUGUUGCAGCAUUGGAAGGCAAACCGAAAACGGUUCACCCUUGCUAAGCAAUCAGCCACCAAAGGGAAAGCCCCCGCCUGCGAAGACAAACCCGAUGUCUCCAGCACCUCGGACCUGAUACGGUUAGGACUCAUUCGGAAAGAUGAUCAUUUCCGUCGCAUUAAGGCAUUCCGUGGAAAUCCACGGAAUGUGACGUGGAAGUUUGGGGAAAUCCAUAAAGACGAGGAUGACGAAGUUCCCAAUGAUAAAGGGGAGUUGCUGAUCGUCCAAGCCUGGAGGAUGGACACAGAGGGAGAACUGUUGGGGAUACUCUUCGGGAAGGUGAGGGACGAACAUCUCGAGCCAAUUACGAGCGAAGUUUCGGUGCUCCUGGCACAACUCAUAGACGAUCUGCCUCUGCAGAUCCUUUCACGCCGUGACGAGCGAUCCGCACCAGCGGCGCUCCCUCGUACGUUAGCACCACGGUUAAUGGCACGGUGGUCCACGUGCACGGAACUCGAUGGCGAUAACAUCUACCUCCCUUCAUCGGGUGACUAUUUGGUCAUCGAUGUGACCGAUAUCACUCUAUGGGAUCCGAUCAUCCGAAGAGUGGAGGUGGGGGCAGGAGAAGAGGAAGAGAGGGAAAACACGAACGAAGAAGAAGACUCGGAUGCCAGAUCGGACGACCCAGAUUAUCGUGAAUCUGAGGAGACCGGGUCGGAAGGGAGUGGGUCGGACGAAUCAGGCAGUUCCGGCGGACGGAGUGAGGAGGAAGAUGAAGCAGCGGCUCAGAGGCGGCGGGAGAAGGCAGAAGGGAAGCACCCUGUGCAGGAUUCGGACGAGUCGGACGAGCGGCUGUUGCAAGACGAUCCAGCGUGCAACCCGGAGCCACCGCAAGAGGAGUCCGGAGGAGAUCAUGGAGUCGCCACCGCGGUGGGAUCUAGAAGCAGACGCCGCAGGAGAAGUCCAAUACCGGCUCAAUCCCCUCAACCACAGAGGCCCACCGUUCGCCUACGUGGAGAUACGGGCACUCGGGCUUAGUCCCCGGUCGUUAUCCCGCCGUC